GAACAAACACAACUAGACCUCCAAGGCGGGGGGGCCUGUUCUGGCAACUGCGCUUGGGGCCCCAGGGGGUGCCAGCAGGGAUGUGAUACAUACAUCGGAAAGUGCCAGAGAAGGGGCAAAAAGGGGCCAGAUUUGUCGACAAAACCCAUCCCAUGCCAAAAAAAAAAUAUCGAACGAGGCAAGGAAUCCGUCGUCGGCCUACCGUCCAUAUUUUCCCACAUAUUUUUCCGCCUAUUUCCAACGCCGCCGCUACGCAGUAGAUAGCGACAUUUUCCCCUCCACUCGCAAAUCCCGCACGCAGUGCCUGCAUCGUCGUACGGUUUCUACUUGUGAUAAGCGCAUCGCUGGCGCCAGGAUCCUGCCGCCGUCGCCCGUCUCGACACUGGGGCUGUUGAGACUGCAGACCAAGACUUUUCGUUGGGCUGGGGCGGGAAGCAUCGCAUCACGCCGUUGGCGCUGCAGCUGUGCUUGGGCUUAGUCGAAGCCGCAUAUUGGGGUUACACGGCCCGCCGCUGCCAUUCUUCGCCGCCAAGGGAACUGAAGCCAGACUCCAUCCCAGCGAGACGCACCAACCACAGCAAACUUUAGCAAAUAGGGUUGACCACCACCCAACGAACGACGUGCGAGAGCGCAUCUGCAUCCCCAGUGAGGGGAAACCGGGCAGCCACCAGCCUGAACAUUAGCCAGCAUUCUAUAUCUACCCGACGCCUUCUCCCCGCCUCCGCCACUGCGGAUCCAGAGCAACCUCAGAUAGCCCCUCUCGAAACCACCCCCGGCCUAACUCAAGCCGACAGCCACCAACCCUAUCGACGCCGCCCACGAACGACACCAACUAAGCAGUCAUGGCAAAACCAAGACUCAUUAUCCUGAUCCGCCACGCCCAGUCCGAGGGCAACAAGAAGCGCGAGAUCCACCAAACCAUCCCAGACCACCGUGUCAAGCUGACCCAGGAUGGCUGGCAGCAGGCCUAUGACGCCGGACGGCGCCUGCGGUCCAUGCUGCGGGCCGACGAUACCCUGCACUUCUUCACCUCGCCCUACCGCCGCACGCGCGAGACCACUGAGGGCAUCCUGGCCACCCUGACGGCCGACGAGCCCGAGCCGUCGGCCUUCAAGCGUAACAACAUCAAGGUUUACGAGGAGCCGCGCCUGCGCGAGCAGGACUUUGGAAACUUCCAGCCCUGCAGCGCCGAGAUGGAGCGCAUGUGGCAGGAGCGCGCCGACUACGGCCACUUCUUCUACCGCAUCCCCAACGGCGAGAGCGCCGCCGACGCCUACGACCGCGUCUCGGGUUUCAACGAGUCGCUGUGGCGCCAGUUCGGCGACGACGACUUCGCCAGCGUCUGCGUCCUCGUUACCCACGGCCUCAUGUCCCGCGUCUUCCUCAUGAAGUGGUAUCACUUCAGCGUCGAGUACUUUGAGGACCUGCGCAACGUCAACCACUGCGAGUUCCUGAUCAUGCGCCGCCGCGAGGACAGUGGCAAGUACUUACUCGAGAACAAGCUCCGCACCUGGUCCGAACUACGCCGCGAUAGGGAGCUAGCGCAGAAGGAGAAGGAAAGGGAGAAGGAGAGAGACAAGGAGCGCGACGCCAAGGACUCGUCGGCUCUGGCCAGGCUCGCCAACAACGGCGCUAAUAGCAGCACCAGCAGCCUCAUCGCCAGGUCGGAGCACGCCACCACUGCCGCCACCACUGCCGCCACCGCCGCCGCUACGUCAUCCCCAAGCAUCCCUGCCCGGAAAUGGGGUGGCUGCCCCAACGGCUGCACCCACGACAAGGGCUUCAAGAUCCGCUCAGGCUUUGCCGACCUCGUCCGCCGCGACGGGACCGCCAUCUACUCCAACCCGUCCCCUGUUAACAGCAGCCGGCCUGUCGAUGAGCCCAAGCGGUCUCAGCAGGAGCUGGCCUCCAGCUCGGAUCUCGAUUCGGCCCAGGGCAACCCGUCCCCUGCCGUCGGCAGCAUCAAGAACAACGCGCUACAAAUCUCGUCUUCGUCCUCCUCUAUCGCCUCGUCCCUCGCCAGCCGUCGGCCCAACGCCCGCCGAUUUCAGUCGGAUGUCGGCGGGAGCAGCGGCAGCUCGUCGCUGCUGGCACCAUCCAUCGACGUGACUCGUGCACGGGAUGAGGUGGUCAGCUCGCCCGACGGCACACCGUCCUUCAUCUCAGUGGACGUGCGCCUCCGCUCGCAAAUUGAGUCGCCAAACAACAACAAGCCGCCUCCGCGGCUCCUGCACGUCGGGCGCGACUUUGGUGGCACCUACAGCGGCCACACGAGCGACGCCGACUCGUCCGAGGACGAGUCCACGCGCGAACGCAUAGCUCGUCUUAGUGCAGCGCCAGCCUCGUCGACAGACGAUAUCAAUGAGCAGGGCACAAGCGCGGUCACGGACGGGGCCUCAGGAGAUGUUACCGCCGCCACCACCCCGGCCGAGGGCAGCGUGGUGGGAGAUUGUGGAACCGCCAAGGAAGCCGCCAGCGCCAGCCACCGACGCGAUAUCAGCGGAAUGGGUCGCGGCGCUUAUGCGAACCGCCUCGGCGACGCGCCGCAUUGCGAUCAUCACGACCAUGACCACGACCACAGCGAAGCCGAGCACGGUGACCAUGAGCUCUCUGACAAUGAGCGUAUCGACCACCAGCGUUGUCACAAGCACGACACACCGGCACAGCCACAGGUCAAGGUAAGCGGCGUGGAUGAUCGCGACGCUACCCAAGAAGACCUAGACGAAGCCGAGCGUGAGGACAAGAGCCUCCGCGGGAGCGUCUACUAAGCACAUUCUUGAGAUGGGGUGUUGAACGCCCUGGAUCUACCUGCUUCGCGCAUAGCACUGCGAGGCGCUAUGCUUGGACGCCUUUCCUUAUGCCUUUGUUUUCUGUUACCGGCGCCUACGAGGAGCGAACCCUAUGUCUUAUUACGCAUGGCAUGGGAUGUUACAUGGCCAAGAUGAACGAGAUGCCCUCUUUUCCCUUUUCCUUUGAUCGCUGACGUCACCAUCCGACUUGAAAGACUUCCCUGGAAGGUCUUUCGAGUGAUUUCUCUUGUCUGUUCUUGGUUUGGUUUUGGCUCCACCCCUCAGUUUGUCAAAGGUGGUUUCAUAAUGGAGGAUAUACCGUUGCUGCAGCGUCAAUUCCCGGGUUCCCUUAUUUACAUAGUCUAACUGUACCUACCUCGCUAAUCGUGUGCGGCAGCUAGAUUCCCGUCUGUAAAAACAUGAGGCUAACGAUGCAGUCGCCUCCUUUGUCUUCCAUGGAGCUUUGGGUACGUAGAUGUGGUUGGGUGUUUAGUUUAGAACGUACAUAUACGACAAUGUUCACGGAAUCUUGAGUAA